AUGUCAGACUAUCAUGUUCAGAGGAACAUGAUAGUUCAGAUUCAUCCAGAUGUGCCAGACUAUCAUGUUCAGAGGAACAUGAUAGUCUGGCACAUCUGGAUCUGUAUAGGGAAUGUGUCCACCCCUGGCUGCAAUACAUUGAUCAGUGAAAUCAGUGAAGCAACAACUAGGCAUAGAGUAGUCCUUGUUCAAGAGCUUAUCUAUUUGACCUUGGAGGAGGACUUAAAGCAACAACCUGUUUCCCAAGGUAGUUCCAAAGAUGCUUUAUCGGAUUCAGGUCUGAGAAUUGAGCUGGCCAGCCCAUCUGCUACAUACUGUGACCCUCAAGAUAGUCUUCAGCAACCCGAGCUCGAAAAUUUAUUCAGAAUUUUUAAAAAUUGUAGUGAGAAUGCACCUGGUGUAAUAACUGAAAGUACAGCUGUAUCAAAGAAUGAAGAGCCACCAAAUGAAAUAUGGUUAAGAACAAACUCUGCACUUUGCUUUUCCGUUAAUAACCCUCAAAAUGAGAAAAAUCAAGUGAUUUGUUCUGACCUUUUCCCCCAGUUACUUAAGCUGCUUGAAAGUAAUUCUAAUUCAAAGACUGUUGUUGCUGUUACAUCAUUUUUAUCUUUGAGCAUUGCAAAUAAUAUAAAAAAUCAAGACUUUUUUGCUGAAUGUGAUGGCUUUCUUAUCUUAAAGAGAUGUUUACAGAAGAUAUUUGAUUUAAUACUUUCUGACAUGAAGCUCUGUGACAAUCUUAUAAGAAACAGUUACCUUCAGUCCAUCAAUGGAAUCAUUGGCGUUAUCAGUGCUGGAGUUCUGGAAAAUGAAAAGAAUGCUGUCAUAUUUGGAAAGCUUGGAGCAUUGAAUUUACUGGCAAAAUUGUUAUCUCUUGAGGUAAUUGGUACUCAAUUAAAGACUAGAAUCAUAUUAGCUCUUGGGAAUUGUAUUGAUGCUUAUUGUGAGAACAAAUCAUAUUUGUUAGAAAUUGAACAUUUUGAUAAGCUAUUGAAGAAAAACCUCCUUAUUUCUGAUGAGGAACUCAAAUGUGCCAGUAAUUAUUUACUUCAGAUGUGUGUGAAGAGUGAAGAUUGUUUUGAUGAAAUGAAAAAUAAAACACAAUAUUCUUCACUGGAAUCAGUCUUCUCCGUCAGCUCAUCAGAUUCUUCCUUGUCAAUGCCAGGAAAAAAAAGAAUUAUUGGUUCAAAAGCUGUUAAGAAUAAGCCAUCUCACAAAGGGAAAAACUUAAAAAAAGUGGUUCAUGAAAAAUUUUCUCAGAUGUGUGAAAAAUUUAGAAAACCAAAUUUAAAUUCAGUACAGUCUAAACUUCAUAAUGAUACCAACACUUGCUCUAUACUUAAUUUUGCUGAAGACACUUCAAAGAAGUUUGUGAGAACAGAUAGAUGUUCUCAAAAUUCUUUUCUUAGAAGGAAAGAAACUGUAACUCCUAACCCUGCCUCAAUUCAUCAUACAUAUUCAAGUGCCCUGAAAGAGAAAAGUCAUAUUAGAGAAGAAUUGAAUUCUGAGGUAAAUUCAUUUUGCGUUUCUAAGAAAAGGCAGAGAUACGUUGAUAAAACAAAUUCUGAAACAGAUUUUCUUGAUGAUAUUAGUUUGCAAAGUGCGGAACAUUUAUAUUAUUUAAAUAAAAUUAGAAAAAUAAACGAGCAUAAUAAUACUAAUAUAUUCUGUGAAUCUGCUAAAUAUUCUUCUCAUGAAAAGAAAAUUUUAGAUCAUAAAAAUGCAAAAAUAUCUAAGGAGGCAAGUGAUACUGAAUGUUUUGAUAAUUCUAUGAAACAUAAAAACAGUGGAAACUCUGUUUCAAACUUUAGCAACACUAGAAAAUGUAAAAAGGUCUAUGAAAAUUCAAACUCCUAUCCUCUUUGGCAAAAAAAGAAUAUGGUAGCUAGUAAUUUUUCAAAUGACCAAGAGUUUUGUAGAAGUGUGAAAUCCACUCAUAGAAAUAGAUCCUACAAAUCUACACAGAAAGAUAAAUUGAAUGGAUUUCCUCUGUUUGACCUUUUGAAUAGAAGCCCAGAAAGUGUUAGAGAUAAAAUUAUUGAAGGAUCUUCAAACGUGCUUGAUGUAAAAUCUUUCAGAAACGAGACAGAUAAGUAUGCUUGUGUAUUUGGCAAUUCAGAAUUUAAAUUGGAACCAAAAUUGUAUGGGGAAAAUUUAAUUCAGAAUUCAUCUAAAGAGUGUUCUGGUAUUAAAUCACAUCAUAAUUUUCAUGAUCAGUAUAAUUUAUCUAAUGAGUAUUUAAAUGGACUCUUAGAGAAGGACCAUUUUACUUCAGAUGUAUCUAAUAAAAAUGAAAAAGAAAACCAAACACGUUUAUCGAAUAAUUUUCUGCAGAGUUUCAAUAUAGAUACUUGUGACUAUAAAACAUCAUCUUCUGUAAACCUUUUCAACCAGUUUUUAAAUGAUGAAUGUGCUGCAGAUGUUAGUGCUUGCAACAAAUCUUGUAAAUGGGUACAAGGUAUUGGAAAUGCAUCUCACAAUACUAAUGAUUACUCUACAUUUUUCCAGUCUAAGUUAACAGAUAAUGAACCAAAAAUGAAAAGUUCUGAUAGUGCAUUGAAGAAUUUUACAUCUGCAGUGGAAGAUAAUGGCAGUUCAUGCAAUAGAAUUCCGAAAGCUUUAAAGAUUCAAGAUGAGGCUUUUCAGAACAAAAAACAAACGACGAUUGCUAAAUCUUAUUCUGGGGAAAAAACAGAUGAAAGGAUGGAAUCCAAAAAAGCUUUGCCUGCAGGUUCACCUGAUUUGUCUAUCACUGAUAAUUCAAGUUCUUACAUUCCAGUACUUGAGUUUCCUGGUAAUGUUUGUACCUCACAUAAACUUAUCUCAAGUUUUGAGAUGCUAAAAGUUAUUCCCCUGAAGGAAUAAGAAAUGUUGCAGAAAUGUAAUAAUAAUAGUUAUGUAUACAGAGAAAAUAUUUUGAAACUUAUCUGUUUCUAUAAAUUUUUUAUGUUUAUUAUUAAUUUUUAAAUAAAAAUUAAAUGUAUUAUCACCAUGCUGGUAAUAAUAGGCUGUAUAUAUUUUAAAUUAAAGAUAAAUUUGCACA